CCCAAUUGAAAAAACUUACUCUGGUCAUAAAUUAAGUGGACGAAAUCACAAUCUCAAUAGAAUCCCAAAUCGAAUUUCUAUUGAAAAUUUUCAAGAAAUGAGCCCAGACCAGGAAAGACUACGGCGGCGUAAAGGAUGGCUCACCAAAUUUCGCAGCUAGUAAGAAAUGGGCUUUACAGAGAAGUUCUUGCUCUCUACUCUCAACUCCACUCUGCCUCAGUCCCAGCCUCAUUUCUUCCCAAAAACUUCGCAUUUCCUUUUCUCCUCAAAGCAUGCGCCAGCCUAAAAGCUCUCUCCCAAGCCCAGAUGCUGCAUGCCCAUAUUAUUAGAACUGGGUUCCAGUUCCAAAUGCACACUGCUACUGCUCUCACGAAUGUGUACAUGAAACUGAAGCUGGUGGAUGAUGCAACCAAGAUAUUCGAUGAAAUUCCUAAACCAACUAUUGAUCUAUGUAAUGCCGUCAUUUCUGGGUUUGCUCAAAAUGGGUUUUGUAAGGAGGCUCUGAAUAUGUUUCAGCUAAUUAGUUCUCGGAGGAUUAGACCGGAUUCCGUUACUAUAGCUAGUGGCUUAUCUGGGAGCAGUGAUGCUGAGCAGGGUGUGCAAUUGCAUUGUUUAGCUAUUAAGAUUGGUGUCGAAACCGAUAUUUAUGCAGCAACGUCGUUGUUGACAAUGUACUUGAAUUGUGGAGAUUUGGGCUCGGCUGAAAAGGUUUAUGGAUUGAUUCAUUGCAAGAAUGUGGUUUGCUAUAAUGCAUAUAUGUCGGGGAUGCUGCAGAAUGGGGCUCAUUUACAGGUCUUGAAUGUGUUUAAUGAGAUGAGAGGAUCAUCUAGUGGAAACCCGAACUUAGUUACGUUGAUCUCGGUUACUUCUGCUUGCGCAAAACUUAAAUAUCUUCGCUUUGGGAGACAAGUCCAUGGGUUUACUAUGAAAGGAUUAUUAAGGUUUGACACUAAGGUUGGAACUGCACUUGUAGAUAUGUACUCGAAAUGUGGCUCUUGGGAUUCUGCUUAUGGGGUGUUUAAGGAACUGGGUAAUGGUAGAAGCUUAAUAACAUGGAAUUCGAUGAUUGCAGGAAUGAUGUUGAAUGAUCAAAGUGAGCUUGCAAUUGAGCUUUUUGUACAAUUGGAAGAUAACCAGUUGACGCCAGAUUCAGCAACAUGGAAUUUGAUGAUCAGUGGGUUUUCCCGGUUGGGACAAGAAGCUGAAGCUUUCCUCUUCUUCAGGAAAAUGCUCUCUGAGAAUAUUUUGCCCAGUCUGAAAUCUGUCACAAGUUUAUUAACUGCUUGUUCAGCUCUGUCCGCGCUGCACUUUGGACAAGAGAUUCAUGCACAUGUUCUUAGGUCAGGGAUCAGUGAUGAUGAAUUUUUGGCCACUGCACUCGUUGAUAUGUAUAUGAAAUGCGGGAAAACUACUUUAGCCGAAUGUGUUUUUAACCAAUUCAACAUAAAGCCUCGUGAUCCAGCAUUUUGGAAUGCAAUGAUAUCUGGCUACAGCAGAAAUGGCAGAAGUGAAGAUGGCUUUAAGUUGUUCUACCAGAUGCUGGAGGAAAAAGUGCAUCCAAAUUCAGCAACUUUCAACUGCAUGCUGUCAAUGUGUAGUCAUACUGGCGAAGUUGACUUAGGGUGGCAAAUUUUCCGGUCGAUGGUUGUUAACUAUGGUUUACAACCGACUUCAGAGCAACUCUACAUCAUGAUUGAUCUACUUGGUCGGUCUGGUCAACUGAAAGAAGCUCAACAACUAUUGGGAGGAAUAACAGAGCCCUCAGCCUCUGUUCUUGCUUCGUUGCUUGGAGCUUGUGAACAGCAUGCAGAUUUUGAGCUGGGCGAAGAGAUUGCUAGAGAGCUUUCAGCUUUAGAGCCUGAUAAUCCUAUUCCCUUUGUUAUUCUAUCCAACAUAUAUGCUGGACUAGAAAAGUGGAAGGAUGUGGAAAGAAUUAGGGAUAUAAUGAGCAAAAGGCAAUUGAAAAAACUCCCUGCCUCCAGUACGAUAGGAGUGAUAUGAAGACAAUAUAGCAUGUAAAAUUACAGAGAUGAAACCUGAUUUUGAGCAGAACUGUUCAAAGGCUGUCUACUCAAUCAAUGUUACAUAUGUCGCUGGCAAAGGCAUCAACAGCCCAACACAUCUUGUGCUGCAAAUCCAGAAUUGUUAUCGAAGAAGUUUGCCGGUUCAAAGAUAAAGCAAGAAGAGAUUGACACCAGUAACUAAUUGAUCAGUUCAAAAAGUGCUGAAGCAACAUGACUAACAAAACUUGGUGCGUUAUCAAAAGUGAAACCCUUAUUUGAGACGGCAGAAGAAAAAAGCUGGAGAGCAAUUGUAUUCUGAGCUAAUGAUAGAACCUAUUUGAGAACAAUAAUUAGGUUGUCCAAACAGUAAAAUUCAGGUGUCCUAAAGUAUAGUUACAAAGCUGUAAUAACAAUUAGCUAGGUUGUCUAAACACUGAAAUUCGUGAUCAACA